AUUUAUAUCACAUGCAGGUAUUUUACAAAUGUUCAAAAAUAUAAUAGAGAAUACCAGGCGUGGUAUUAUUGGGGAAGAUGAUGAAAGAAGCAUAUUAGAUGAUAUAACUCAAAAUACUUCAUUUAGUUGGUCAACAAGAAUACAAGGAUUUAUAGUGUGUUUUUUAAUUGGCACAGUAUUUAGUCUAUUGGGGACCUUUUUCUUCUGGGGGCCCAAAGGCUUGGUAUUAUUUGCUGUAUUUUAUACAUUAGGAAAUAUUAUGUCUUUGUCAAGCACUUUGUUUUUAAUGGGGCCUUGCAAACAAUUACAAAAUAUGUUUAAGGAAACAAGAUUGAUAACAACAAUAAUUUAUAUAGUAUGUAUGAUAUUCACACUUUUAGCAGCAUUUUUGUGGAAGAAGAAAAUAUUGGUGCUAAUAUUUUGUAUCAUGCAAUUUUUGGCUUUAAUAUGGUAUUCUUUAUCUUACAUCCCUUAUGCUAGAAAUGUUGUUAGGUCAAGCUUCUUAUCCUGUGUAUAAAAAAAUUUUUUACACUAUUUUAUACACAUUUAUUUAUAUUACUAUUUACAUUCAUGUGAUAAUAAAUAUUUAUCAACAAAUUGUAUGCAUUUUAAUAGUAUUUUUCUUUCUUCCCUUAUUU